AUGCUCUUCAUGAGCGUCGGCACUGGGGCUUUACGUAUCGACCAUCAUAAAAUGUCUUUGAAAAGCACCUGGAAACAUCGCGUCCCUACACCUUUCGUGGAGGACGUGGCGUGCUCAGGAGCUUGGUUGUUUCUCUCGGUGUUUCAGGUUUGGUUUCAAAACUGCCGAGCACGCCAUAAAAAACACACGCCGCAGCACACGGUGCCGCCCUCUGGAGCGCCCCCGUCCCGCAUCCCCUCCUCGCUCCCCGAUGACAUUCACUACUCCCCCUUCAGCAGCCCGGAGAGGGCCAGGAUGGUAACCCUGCACGGCUACAUCGAAAGUCAGGUACAGUGUGGACAAGUGCACUGCAGACUCCCCUACACCGCGCCGCCGGUGCACCUCAAAGCGGACAUGGAAGGACCACUAUCUAACAGGGGUGAGAAGGUCAUCCUCUUUCAGUACUGACUGCGCGAACUCUUCCUCAUCUGUCCAUGGCGCUACCAGCACCACUGCCCCUCAGUCGUUGAAAUACAGUGUCCAAUCCAAGGCAACUGUAAUCAGUCAUGCAGGAGAAACUCAAAUCCAGCAUUCUCGGUUUUUUUCCAUUGACCAGCAUCUAACAUCCACUAUUAUUUCUCCAGCAGCACUCUGUGUAUGUGUGUGUUGAGUGCACAGUUACAUUUUUCACUUGUUUCUUGUGGACUUGUAGAAUGACAGUGAGUCUCUCCAAGGCAAUGCCGGACGCAGUCAAAAUUAGUGACUCUACUGUGCUUAAAAUCUUGCUUCCAAAAUCAUGGGAAUACAAACAAAACAGUAAAUGCCGAGUCACAGGGGGGUUCGAUGACCGCCUAUCAAUACAAAGAGAGGAGGAAUUCACGUGGUUUGGCCUGAUUCUCUUUUGCACCAGUGAAGCACUGCUGGUUCCAGGACAUCCCUCCUUAUUUACACUCACGUGUGAAAUCUGAAAUGGGCUCUUUGGCUCAGCAGCUUAAUACAUAUGCAGAACUUCCUGAGCCAAGUGCAUUGGUAGCUGUGACUCCACUAAGUGGAAACCAUGAUGCCCGCUGGAAGUAGGCAGUUUCUCUUCCUCCUCAAAGUGCUUUAGAACCACAUGUCCUUUGCUCGCUCUGUAAGGUAAGUAAAUCUUAGGGUUUUCCCCCCCAUUUUUUAGGAGGGGAAACUGAGAUGUCCUAAACUGAAAGGGGCAGUGGGGGUUGGUGGCAGAGUCACGUUUAGCACUCUGAUGGUUUUCAUUGCCAACUUGUUCUCAGAGCACUGAAUAUAUCUCUUAUCUCACAGCCAUCUGCCAAAUCAUCAUUUUUUAUUCUUAAAUCUUAUUAACAAACUACUUUAUUUCCUGGGAGUCGUAUUGGAUCAUGAAUGGGUGAUUGAAGAAUGCACCUACACAAACCUCGUAGCCACGUAAUGCACUGGGACUGGGACAUCCUGAGUGGGGGCUGGCCCAUGAAUGUGUAGAAAUGUUUUGCUCUGGUAUGGACCCCGCGAGGGGGACUCCAGCAACAAGUUCAGUCAGUGAAAACAGUUGGGCAGAAAUCAGAGACCGGUUAAGAAAGUGGAAACAACAGUGCCUGUAAGGCCAGCAGGAACAGUCACUAGCCGAGUGUACAGCAACGUGACGGCCUGUCCUUUCAUCUGGCAGCGUUGGCUGCUUACCUCUGCCCUUGUGUUGUUCUCCGUUGCUGGCGUAUCGCUGCUGCUUCUGCCAAGCCCUCGGCCGAAGGCACAGUCCAGAACGACUGCUCUCAGAGGAGCAGGCAAUGCAGGGCUCACCCUCGGAGGCAGCCCCCUUGCAACAACAAAGGAAGUACUCAGCACUCUGGCCCCAGAUCAGGGAAAAAGCUCUGAAAUGAUACUUCAUUGACGGUAAUAACAAAAAGUAAACAACUAACAUUUGCCAACCCUUCUCAGUUUGCACCAAGCCAAGAUUAGGUCUAUAACAAAACCUCUCUCCAUGUACGCACGCUGGUGGAGGCAGCAUUUCCAAAAAUGUGAAAGCCUACUAUGAGCCACAGUUAAUGUGUAAUGGGAGCGAACUGUGCCCAAGGAACAGAAGACAGGAAUCCAUCAGUUACAUAACUUGUUUUUAAUUCAGACUGUAGAUACAUGUGUUUUUCUCUCCGGGAGAACCUGGAUCAAUCUCCAGCGUCGGCCGAGCGGGCAGCCGUCCCGCUGGUUUGGCCGGGCAGCGUUGCAAACAUGGCAAGCCUUUCCCUGGCCCUGCCCUACAGGUGCUGCGAUGCCGCUGGGCAACAGACUGCUCCAGCUAAGCGCUCGCCACCACGACCGCAGCGCGAGCUGCAGGGAGAGCUGGAGUCUCCGUCUGAAAAGUAACUGAAUACAAACACUUAUCCAUAUUUGUUGAAACAGCUGCACAUAUAUAUGUACAUAUAUAUAUUUAUAUAUGCAUAUGUGUGUGUAUAUAUGUGUGUGUGUGUGUGUGUGUGUGUGUGUGUGUGUGUAUAUCUCACACACACACACACACAUAUAUUAAUACAUAUAUCUAUCUAUGCAGUGAUGGUAACAGUUUGGACAGUUAGGCCAGUAUUCUGAUUAACCGCAACAAACAGCUAGCAGCUCUAUCUCCCAACUUAAAAUAAUAUUCAAAAGCAGGGAGGAAAUUAGGCCUGCAAUAUAUUAUUGUAACCUCUUGGCAAGCAAAUAAUUGUUUCCAAUGUGUACAAACAAUGACAAGACACUGCUGCAGCCAUGACCUGCCCGGAACCACUGCUCCAGAAGUGUCCCUUUGGUGAGAGAACAGUCAAAAGUUGCAUCUGUUUUGGUUGCUUUUCUCCUUGGCUAUAGCAACGAGCAAAAGGCCUGGCACGCGUUUUGUUGGCUGUUAGUGGAGCGUUCUGAUUCUCAGUAUUUAUUAUUGCAAGGUUGUAGUAGUUGCUGUGUCUGCUUGAAAUAGCUGUGAGAAGUUGAAGGUGGUUGGCAGGGGUCACCAGGGCCCAACGUUCUCCUCCAUUUGUGCUUGCGCGUUCUAAUGAUUGUUCAGUUGUGGAAUUAGUGCUAUAAACUAAUGGGUAGCUAUUCGUUGGAAGACUGAAGGAGAGACUCCAGGCUGUAACUUGACCUGACAUCCCACAGUACUUGAGAUUUCCACAACUGUUUUGCUGACAGAGAAAAUGGUCUGAUGCAUUUAUCUUCUGGCUCAGCAAUGCAAUGAAAGGGAGACUAUUAAGUAUGUAUCUGCUAAAUAGCAACUUAGUUACUGAUCAAAAAAAAAAAAAACACUUGUGAAAUGUACUGUAUAUCAAAGUUUUUGUAACUGAUACCGCUGACAGGACCAGCGUGCAAUGCACAGGGCUAAGGUAACGUAGAUGUUUCUGACCAAAUAUGUGUAGUGGAAUCACCACUAGACAUGCAGUGUAUUGCACUGUACAAACUGUGCUCAAGGGCAGUUUCCCCAGCAAGUAGCCAGGAGCAGCUUUGCUAAUUCAGAAAUCAGGCUCUGUUUAUAUUAAGCCCAAAUUGUUUGCAAAAACUGGAAGCAAUUCAGCUUGUGCAGUUUUAGAGCUAAUUAUGUGUAUGGAAAAUACUCAACUGUACCAAGAAUGUAAGAAAUCCUUUAAUUUAUUCAAUACAUUGUUUCAGAACACAUUUCACACUGACUGUUGCCACUGAACCAAACCUUAUCUCAGGUCAUUUGCAUUCAUCUCCUGUCUAUAGAUUAAAAAAAAAAAAAAUUAAAAAAUCCUUCUCAUUUUUUUAGUUUAUUCAGUAAUUGCCAAAUGGGUUCUGCUGCAGUAAUGCAGACUCUAUGUAUUCAACUUUUCCAGUUGCUAUUUACAAAAACUGUUGCAGACAAAAUCCAAUGAAGAUAGCCAAUGAAAGGCUUUUCACUCACAUUUAAUAUGGUAAUUAAAUAUGGUGAGGGUCUGAAAGUGGAACGGUUUACAGUUUUGCUACCAAAAUUUUUUUUUGGCUCACGCUGGUUAACCCCAAUGCCCUAGCUAAAGGUGCUUACACAACUCACUAGUUGGGAUGGGGGAGUGGGAAUCAAUCCUGCACUACUAUCGGUGAUAUAGCUGUAUGAUGCCAAUUACAGACACAUCAGUUUUAUUUCAUCAGCCAAUCAUUUUGCUGUAGCAUGUUGCAAUUAUGCAUGUCUUGGCUACAAUGGUUAAAAAAAUUCUCUGAAUGAGUGGACAGUCAAGACUAAUAUUUAUUUUAAAAAAGUAAAACUAAAUUGUAAGCACUUUUUUGUAAAACCAAUGUCUGUUUUGUUACAUACUUUUAAUGUUGUGCUUUGUAAAUGUCUUAUUUGUGUAAUAAAUAAAGUUAAUGCAAGUAGAA